UUUGUCACUUUACGCUCUACUAUUUACGUCUAGUGUUGUGACGAUAUCUGUCAUCCUUUAGGUUAGCUGUCUAAUCACGAAAUUUAAUACGUUUGAACAAAAGUCAACAAAAAAAUGACGUCUUGCCUUGAGAGCUUGCAGGUGUCCACUUGUGUUUGGUUCGAGGGCGGCGAGAAAAGAAAUGCACUGGUGUCUAUGUUAGCUGGCACAUUGUUUUUCAUAGGCUGGUGGUUUAUAAUAGAUGCCCAUGCAAAAUAUCCUAAUGAAAUGGCAAAUGCAUAUCAUGUAUGCGGAGUAUUUGGUACUAUAUCACUUUUCAUGGUUAAUUCAGUAACAAAUGCACAGAUAAGAGGAGAAGCUUAUAACGGUGGUUGUUUGGGAGCAAGAGGUGCCAGAAGUUGGCUGUUUGUUGGAUUUGUGAUGGGAUUUGCAGCUGUAAUAGCAGCCUGUUGGAUUUUGUUUGCUAAUUUUGUGGCUGCAGGUGCAACGCAUCAUUGGCCAGGUGUAGGAUUGUUCUUGCAGAAUGUGUUUAUCUUCUUGGGCUCUCUGACAUAUAAAUUCGGCCGAUCCGAAGAUCAAUGGGGUUAACAGAUGUAUACCAUCGAUUGGAAAUAUUUUUAUUACUACAUGGUCAAAAAUUAAGCGCGCGAAACCUGACUGAGGAAAUUCGUGGUUUAAUUAAUAUAUCCUAUAUCCUCUCGAAUAUUAAAUCUACUUCGAUUACAGCAACAUCAAGUUAUUCUCGUUAUGAACGCGUUCUUAAGUGUGUUUAAUUUAUUUAUAUUCACUGGGGGGAGUAUCGUGACAUCAGAUAUGAUGUCGCACGAUUAUGCGUUACGAAAAUAUGCAAAAUUUAUAAUAAUCUAGAAGUAAGAGGUUAGAUUAAUGACUUUCGUGUGAUAGUGAAUUACAUGCUACUUAUGUUUAAUAAUUUCUGCGUCACAUUUCUGCGUCACAUUUCUGCGUAAAAACUCCUGAAUUUGCGCUAUUUUCUACACGUUUUUAUAUUUACAUUAUUCUACUGUUAAUACAGCAAAUCUGCACCAA